AUGUCAGCCCCUAUAGGUGGCAUAUGGGCGCCCGCGGCGUUGCGGGUGGUCCGUAGCGCCGCCUACAAGGCGAGCAAGAUCCUACGAGCGAAGCUCUCCGCGGCCGCCGCUCGCCCGUCCAACAACGUCGCUCUCGAACCCGUAUUCGCGCGGAGCACACACUCUCCCCGCCAACCGAUCCACCCCGCCGCCCUCCUGCGGCAGCAGAGAAGCGGUCGAUGGCACUCGACUACAUCCACCGCGUACCAGAACAUCAACGCGGCUGUUCGCCGUUUCAUGAGCACUGGCCGACUUGACGCUGGAGCGCGAAUCGAUCGAUCGAAGUUCUUGAAUACACAGACUGGUCGCGCGGUAGCGCAGAUCACGGGCCGUGCUCCGUUCGCGAGUACCCUCCGCCCGAACCUAACGGGUGGCGCACUCCCGCGUACCGCAGGUGGGUAUGGUCUCGGAUCCGGACGAGUCGGAGGACAGAGAUACUUCUCCCAUGCCCCAGCCGUCCAGGCACAGGUUGUCCAGAACGUAUCCGCCGCCGUGCGAGCAUUCUGGAUUUCCGGACAAAAGGCGCAGUUCGAUGGGCUCACCCCGCGAGGCGAGAGGAAGUACCGUUCCGUCUCAGUACUACAAGGUGAGACUGCCCGCAAGAUGUCCGCGGUGUCUCGCAAUGCACCAGGCUCGUACAUCGACUUCCGCCUAAGCCCCACCGUCACCGCUCUCAGCCCCCUCGCUGCUGCAUUCCCCUACCCCUCCACCGGUUUCAAGACCGCUGCUCUUGACCUCGACUCCACCACCCUCAACACCGAUGGUUUCCUCGACGUCCUGUCUGUCGACUUCGCUCGUGCCCUUAAGGACUUGACGAUGACGCUAGCGGAUAUAAAGAAGCUCUCCUCGUUAGGCGAUCUCCCGAUCCAGCUUGAGAAAGGAAAUAUCCUACGGGUCCGGUUCCCAGGUGUCGACGCUGAAACAGUCGAGUCGCUAUGCGAUGACCUUGGACUAAUGCGAGGUGUCGUCAAGGAAGACCCGGAUUUCGCAGCUAAGACUGGGGUUUCUAUGGCGUUGAAGUUUCCCUUUGCGCCGGAUGCUAAGAAUGACAGCACAAGGAUUCUGACAUUUCCUGGCGGUUCAUUAAGGUCUCAAGGAAGCUUCUUCCCCGCGGAAGAGGAGUUCUUUGAGGACGGCUUCAGCGACUUGGAAGAUAAUCCAUGGUUAUCAUUACCUGACGACUUGGAAGGUUAUGAGAGCAUGUCACCGCCGAUCAGUUCUGGUGAACACUGUUCAGAAGACUUCGAGGGCCUCGAAGGUAUAUAUCGUUUCCUAGAGGAGUGCGACCAUGCUCACGGGAAGUAUUGA